ACGUCAUUAUAACAUUUCUUUUAUAUAUUUGUGUGGUUUAGUGCGCGCACGUCCAAAACCUACCAAGGCGUAAUAAUAUUUAGUUGUGUUUGACGAAACUGUGAAAAUGCUUUUACGAAUUGUGUUUUUAUUGUUUUUGAUAAGCAAUUGUUUUGCGUUACCUUUUGGUGGUUUUGACAGUAUUUCAUCUGGUAUAGACGAGGGGGUCGGGCUUUUCGGCAAAGGUAGCAAAAACGCUGGGGAUUCCCUGAAAAAAACACCUCAUGAUCUACCCGACGACAAACAUGGCUUGGACAAGCAUCCUGGAGCUGACGACUUAGGAACACCACCUGGUUCAGAAAAAAAUCCAGGGAAAGACUUUGAUAAAAUCCUAGGAAAGGAUAAAUUACCAGAGAAAGACUUAAAUCCACUAGAUACAUUUCCGGGGAAAGACAAUCCAUUUAAUAAAUUACCAGGAAAAGAUGAUCUAUUAGAUCAAAUACCAGGUAAGAAAGAGAUUUACGAUCCUUUGAAGAAACUGUGGGACGGAAAACACGAUGAUCCAAAUACUCCUCCGACCGAUGAUGACGUAAGUCCUCCAAUUAAGGCUACAACACCUUCUGUGCCUUCUGUUACUCCAUGUGAUGAUGCUACUCCUUCUUUACCUACAACACCAUCUAAACCAACUCCAACCACCCCAACUGUCCCUUCAACUCCACCAUGCGAUGACAAAACUCAAAGUGUACCUACAACACAAACUCCUCCAACUACCCCUGCCCCUCCGUGCGAUGAUGACAACUCACCAGUAGCAGUGGUCUCCAAGAUGAAACCAGAAGAAAAAAAACAUUUGGCCAAAUUCGUCAACUACCUAAAGGACCUACUCGGCCAGUGGUAAUGCGAUGUGGUAAAGUAAUAAACAUUCAGCUAUCUUA